UCGCAGUAUCAAUUGCAAAAUACGUGCACGCACAGAGACCGAGCUGUGAUGAGUCAAGACGACAGCUGUGAUACUAAAUAAACAAUUGUGUAAAGGUUUUUGGUUGAAUAACACUCUUUGUUUGGAGAUAAGGAUAAGGUAUGGAUGAAGAGGCCAGUGGCAAACCCGUCCUUCUGGAAACAUCUGGAAAUGUAGUUGAUGCUGAAGAGGCCAAUGGUAGUCAAGAAGUGACCGUUCAACAUGGUACAGCAGCUACUCCAGCACAAAGUAAGGUUACCAAGGACGAAGACUACAAUGCUGACAACCUAGAUGCCAGUGAUGGGGAGGGUGGGGCCCAUGAAGGAAGCUACCAGGUGAAUAGUGAUAAAGAAAGCCAAGGGGACAGCAUCAGUGAUACCGGUAGCUACUCCCCAAACACGGCCGAUGUCGAGGAUGACGAUCCGUCGCUUGAGCAAGGAACCUAUCGCAAGAUCAACAGUGUGGAUGGGACAGCGGGCGCUCCUGGUGCCGGUGGGGAUCAAAGAGACAAUCACAAUGACCUCCUUGACCAGCUGCUGAACCAGGACCAGUGCGAUGACAGCGAGAGUGAACUCGGAAGCUAUCACAUUAACACGGACAAGGAGGAUGAUGAUGAGGGAAGGUACAAGGAUAAAGAAGGACUAUCAGAAGGAGAGUACGACCUGAGCAGCAACCAGGAGUCGGAUGUUGAGGAAACUAUGGAUGAGGUGGAGUUGCUGAGGAUGAGGGCAUUGUGCAGACAGGAGCAUACACCUGAUGAACUUCCAGAAACUGUUACAAAGAUGACUACUGAACAAGGAGCUCAAAUAUAUAUUGUUGGGACUGCUCAUUUCAGUGAAAAUAGCCAAAAUGAUGUUGCCAAGACAAUUCAGGCUGUUCAGCCUGAUAUUGUAUUAUUAGAACUAUGCCGGGGACGGCUGUCCAUUUUGGAACUUGAUGAAGAAACGCUACUAGAAGAGGCUAAAAAUUUCAACCUUGCUAAGUUAAGACAGUCGAUCAAGCAGAGCGGUGUAGUAGGUGGCAUCAUGCAAGCCCUGCUCCUCAAUCUCUCAGCACAUCUCACUAAAGAACUUGGUAUGGCACCAGGAGGAGAGUUCAGAAGAGCCGUUAGGGAGGCUCAGACGAUACCUGGCUGUAAGGUCCAUCUUGGAGAUCGUCCUAUUCAGAUCACCUUAAAGAGAGCAAUGGCAUCGUUAUCACCGUGGCAGAAACUCAGAUUAGCAUGGUAUCUCAUCACCAGUAAAGAACCAAUCACGAAAGAGGAGGUGGAAAAGUUCAAGCAGAAGGACCUACUGGAGGAAAUGCUCGGGGAGAUGACUGGGGAUUUCCCUGCCCUGAGUAGAGUGUUUGUCACAGAGAGAGAUACCUAUCUAUCCCAGUCACUUAAGGCUUGCUCUCAGCCUCAACCUCCUAGUGAUGAUGGGUUUGUGUAUCCUGCCCCUAUAGUCGUUGGUGUUGUUGGCAUGGGCCAUGUCAAAGGAAUCGUUGAUAUGUGGGACAAACCUGUAACAAAGGAGCAGCUCUUAGAAAUCACAAGUAUUCCAAGUCCAUCUCUGGCUGGGCGUCUAUUGAAAUGGAGCUUCCGGAUAUCAAUGGUCACUCUCCUGGCCUGGGGAUGCUACCGGUUUACCAAGUGGACAAAUUUAUCACUAUGGUAACGCAGCCUUGACCUCGCCCUUCUUCCUCAUCAAAUCCAGCUUCAUCCUGAAAUGCAAUAAUUGUGGUUAUCAGAUUUAACCCUUUCUUCAGGGGAAACAAAUAAUGAUGUUAUGAUUAUUUCAUUCAAAUUUGGGACAAUGAUUAUUUUAAUCCAUUUUUUGUGAGUUUUAACUAUAGUUUUAUGAGAUUUUAAUUAGAAUUAAAACCCGAGUUUGAACUCAAGUUUUAUUACCUGAGUGGAGGUAGGAUGACCAUUUCUUUUUAAUAUGCAGUCAAACCUUCUUUAGUGACCACCUGCAUUGAAACAUCACCCAUCUAUGAAGACCAAAAAUUUGGUUUCCGUUAAAAAAAGAGUAUUCCCCAUUGAAACGUAUUAAUAAAUUUUGGCCAUAAAGAGCACCUUGAUAGGUGGUCUUUAGAGACAGGUUUCACUGUACUUGCAAUAUUACUGCACAUGGUCGACAGGGUCCUGUUCAUAACACGUUGCUCUCGUUAUAAUCCCCAAUAAAGCUGCCGUAUUGUUAUGAUGUGAAGUGGGCCUAUUUUAACAUGUCUGUAUGGACAUAUUAGCCCAGGGGGUGUUUCACCAAUUCUAAGCCUGACUGUAAGUCACAUGUUAAUUCCCAUACGGGUGUGGUAUAUACAUUGUAAUGCAUUACAGCAUUUAAAUGAGUGUUUGGUACUAUAGAAUAGCCUUAUUUAAAAAACAGACAUUCUUGCGAUUUUACUCUAAUGAGUACAUUUCGAAAAGCUUUAUUAUGUCUGUUAUUAUGGCUAUUUAGCAUUGCAGCAUUUUUUAGAUAAGCACCUCCCUAGCAAUUUAAGUUAGGUAUGAUUUAGAUAAUCACGUAAAGACUGAAUAUGAGGUCAUUUUUUACCUUGAGCCCAUUUUGAAAUGUUCCCAUAAAUAUGUUUAUGAUACAGAGUCAGCAUGAAUUCCAUGUAUCAUUUUUGGAGAGGGAAAUAGAUGUACACGAAGAAGGAAUAUAAAAGUACAGUAAUAAAUACGUAAAAUGAUUGAAGAGACUUCGUUCUUAUAUUUAUGAAGUGAAUUCAGGUUCUUACCACAUCUACUUGAUGUUUUCGUUUAUAUUUAUCAGCUAUUCUUACCACAUCUACUUGAUGUUUUCGGUUAUAUUUAUCAGCUAUUAAUCUUAUAUUAUGAUGAUUUCUUCCAAUUGAUUUUUCUCUUUAAUUAUUGUUUGUCUGAAAUAUAUAUCUGUAUGGUAAUUAACCACUAACCAUGUUAUGGCUGUGAUGUUCCUCCUUUUUGUGAAUAUGAUUUAUAUAUGACUAUUACUUUUGAUAUUUACUCAAUUUAUCUUUCUUUCGAACCUCCAAAUUAUCGUUAAGAAUGUACAUGUAGGUAUGUGUCCUUUCAAAUCGUGCAAUUUGUUUUAUUUACUUCUUCCUGAAUGUACCCCUUAUUUAAUUUUAAUUUUUUAUUCACUCCUAUACAUAAGUUUGAUAUGUAUCCCCCUAAGCUUCUUUCCUUUUCAAAUGAAUUGAAAUUAUUCCUUCUCUGAUUGAUGAGCAUUAUUUUAAACCUAAGGAUGGAGGAGGGGGAGGCAUGUUUGUGCACCUAAAAAUUGAACUUAAGAUUAAACAGGAAUUUCUCUUUAUUCUUAGGAGUAAGUGUGCCAAAAAUAUAUUAAAAAUUCAAGACUAAUAUAUGAUUUUCCGGGAAAAUUCUUGUUGAGUCAUUUUCACAAUGAACAAAUAAUUGGUGCCCCCAUGUCUGCACACCCAUUCACUUUACACGCGAUUCAGGGAUUUUGAUGUUGAUGAGAAAGGCUGCCUUUUGAGGUCGUUAAAUGAAAUGCUAGAAAUUCAAUAUUUUUCCACCAUUUUGAGUAAGAUUUUGUAAUGAAUAUCUGUCAAUGUAUUGAAGAUGUAAAGUUUGUGGUCAUUGCAUGUCUUCUUUCACUGGAAUCGUGCAGAUACACGUAUGCGCAGACAAGGGGCACUGUGGAGACUUGGUGCACCUUACCGUACUUGAGUGUUUCAUGAACAUUUUCGUAAGUGGUAUUUCACUCGCAGAUGUUUUAAGCUAUUAUAAAUCCUUGCAUCUUGUUGGCAUAGAUCAAAUUAAGGAGUGAAAAUCACUGACAAAGCUAUCCAGGAAAGUCUCCCCUGGUGUUAUGGUGAAUAGAUAUUUGUAAUUUUAAGUACAAUAUGCCUCA